AAAAAAACACAUCACAUUUUUUUUUUUAAAGUAUAUUAUUACUUGACCAAGCGCAAACGUCACUUUCAGUUGCAGUUCUUGGUGGGAACUGUUCAAAGCUCGCCUUUAGCUGCUUAUGAUGAACGUAAGCCGGCCGGCGAUUCACCCGGUGGAUGUUCUUCCGAUGGCUCCAACUACCGGAGCGAUCGAUAGACCACCAGUGAGGAUGAAAGAUGUGCAGGGCAUGCCCGGAACCACCGGCGGUCUCAUCCUCCGUCUCUCUCAAUUCAUCCCUGCUCUCAUCUCCGUCUCCGUCAUGGUCACCACCUCCGACUUCCGCUCCGCCACCGCUUUCUGUUGCUUGGUUCUUGCGGUUAGCUUGCAAAGCCUGUGGAGCUUGUCUCUUUUUAUUGUUGAUGCUUAUGCUCUUCUGGUGAGAAGAAGCCUUCGAAAUCACUAUGCUGUUCAAUGUUUCACAAUCGGAGAUGGAGUCACAUCAACCCUUACGUUUGCAGCUGCAUCUGCGUCAGCUGGCAUAACUGUACUCAUCAACGAUCUUGGACAAUGUAACGUGAAUCACUGUACAAGGUUCGAGACCGCCACAGCAAUGGCCUUCAUCAGCUGGUUUGCUGUGUCUCCUUCCUUUAUUCUCAACUUCUGGUCCUUAGCCACUCACUAAAAUAUAUAGCACACAGGAUAAGUUCAGAGGAAUCCAUCUUCCUAGUAUAAUGUAAAUAAAAGGGUGGAGGAGUAUAAUUUAUCCCUCCAUUAGCUUAUUAAUGUUUUGAAACAGAUUUUUACAUUGGAAAAAUCAUGGUAGUUGAUCUUAUCGGUUAAGUGAAGUCAUGUCAUUUUUUCCA